CCCAGGUCCAAUAUCCGUAGCAGAUGAAGCACCCACAGCACAUAAAGGGAUCAAAGUUUACACUUCACAAUCUACAACUUCUGAUCAAAGGCGAGCACUUCUCUUCAAUGUUGGUGAACCAUUUAAAGUAUCAAUGAAUGAAUUCGAUA